GGAAGCGAAGCCCUCUGCCGGAGAGGGAAAGCUCGAGCUCAGGUCCGCUUUCUGCCUCUUUCUCCUCCUCUGCUCUGCGGGCGUCAAUGGCGAAGCCUCGGAAGCAGAAGAACGAGGAGCAAAAGCCCGAGUGCUCGGGAGCGGUCGUCGUCCACCAGAAGCUCUGCGUCUCGAUCGAUAUGGUGAAGCGAAGAAUCUACGGGUAUACUGAGUUGAAAAUGACCAUUCCAGAGGGUGGGCAUGUGGCUUUGCAUGCGGAUAAUAUGACCAUUACAAAUAUAUCUGUUGAUGGUGAACCAGCUGAUUUUGAAUAUUUUCCUCAUUAUCAAGUUGUUGAAGAGGCUAGAUUCUGUUCUGUGUCAUGCUCCAGUUCAGCUGCAAAUGUUGCUUGCUCCAUGUACACAUCAUCCUUGGACAAAGAAAUGGUUCCAAAUCUUCUUAUUGCAUGUAAUGGAUCAGUAAAGUUAGAUCUACCACAGGAAAAAGAGAAUGGUGGGAACUCUGUGCAAGACUCCUGCAGCCAGCAGGUUGCUAAUGGUUGCAAUGGCCAUCCAGAGGAUAAGAAUGAAAAGCUAGUUCGAAUUGAUUAUUGGGUAGAUAGGGCUGAAACUGGUAUUCAUUUUGUGGACAAUGUGUUGCUCACUGAUAACCAAAUCAGGCGUGCACAUUGCUGGUUUCCUUGCUUGGAUAGCAUUUCACAGCGCUGCCCGUUUGACCUAGAGUUCACAGUUGAUGUCAAUCUUGUGGCUGUAAGCAAUGGUGACUUACACUAUCAGGUUUUAAGCAAAGAUGAUCCUCCUCGCAAAACUUUCGUAUAUAAGUUAACCACUCCAGUUAGUGCUGGAUGGAUAUCAUUGAUUGUUGCUCCAUUCGAAAUUCUUUCAGACAGUCAUAUCAAUAUCAUAUCACACAUAUGUUUACCGCCAAGCUUUUCGAAGCUUCAGAAUACUGUUGGGUUUUUCCAUAAUGCAUUUAGUUACUAUGAAGAUUACCUUUCAACAUCCUUUCCAUUUGGCUCAUACAAGCAAAUCUUCAUCCCACCCGAACUAACUAUUUCUUCUUUGAGCUUGGGUGCAUCCCUUUGCAUCUUCGGUUCUCAUAUUUUAUUUGAUGACAGGGUUAUAGAUCAGACAAUUGAUACUAGAAUUAAGCUUGCUUAUGCCCUGGCAAGGCAAUGGUUUGGAGUAUUCAUCACCGCACAUGAGCCAACAGAUGAAUGGUUAUUAGAUGGGCUCGCUGGCUUUCUGACAGAUACUUAUAUAAAGCAUUCCUUAGGUAAUAAUGAGGCACGGUAUCGGCGAUACAAGGCCAAUUUUGCUGUCUGUAAAGCUGAUGUCAGCGGUGCUACUGCUUUGAGCUCCUCCGCUGCUUCAAGUGAUUUAUAUGGAACUCAAUGGAUUGGUUUAUAUGGGAAGAUCCGAUCCUGGAAAGCUAUAUCAGUUCUUCAAAUGUUGGAGAAGCAGAUAGGCCCAGACUCUUUCUGUAAGAUUCUACAGGUUAUUGUUUGUAGGGCUAUUGGCUCAACUCGCUCCAUGAGAACACUGAGCACUAAAGAGUUCAGGCAUCUUGCUAACAAAGUUGGAAAUUUGGAGCGUCCAUUCCUAAAAGAAUUUUUCCCACGUUGGGUGGAAUCUUGUGGAUGCCCUAUAAUGCGGAUGGGGCUGUCUUAUAAUAAACGAAGAAAUAUGAUUGAACUAGCUGUUGUACGAGGUUGCACUGCAAAAUCAUCUUCUGCUUUCAAUCAAGAUGAUGAAAAUCGAGAAGGUCACCCUGGUUGGCCUGGAAUGAUGAGUGUCCGAGUUCAUGAACUUGAUGGGGUGUACGAUCAUCCAGUUCUUCCAAUGGCUGGAGAAAGUUGUCAGUUGCUUGAGAUACAGUGCCAUUCGAAACUAGCUGCAAAGCGAAUUCAAAAGCCAAAGAAAGGUUCUAAAGCUGAUGGCUCUGAUGACAAUGCAGAUGUGGUGUCAACUCAAGAUAUGCGCAGUGGUGUCGAUUCACCUUUGCUAUGGAUCAGAGUGGAUCCUGAGAUGGAAUACCUUGCUGAAAUUCAUUUUUAUCAGCCUGUUCAGAUGUGGGUAAGGAAAGUUUCAUACAAGAUCAAUCAAUUAGAGAAGGACAAGGAUGUUGUUGCUCAGUCACAAGCAAUUUCAAUGUUGGAAAUGCUACCACAGCUUUCUUUUGCUGUUGUCAAUGCUCUUAACAGCUUCCUAAAUGAUUCAAAGGCAUUUUGGAGAGUCAGAAUAGAAGCAGCAUAUGCAUUGGCACACACAACAUCUGAGGACACUGAUUUGGCUGGACUUUUCCAUUUGAUCAAAUUUUAUAAGAGUCGAAGAUUUGACAUGGAUACUGGAUUACCUAGGGCAAAUAGCUUUCACGAAGUUUCGGAGUAUUUUGUUUUAGAGGCCAUUCCACAUGCAGUAGCUCUAGUUAGAGCAUCGGAUAAAAAAAGCCCUAGAGAAGCAAUUGAGUUUGUUUUGCAAUUGUUAAAGUACAAUGAUAACAAUGGAAACCCCUACUCUGAUGUGUAUUGGCUUGCUUCUCUGGUGCAGUCAAUCGGCGAACUUGAAUUUGGUCAACAGGGCAUUCUCUUUUUGUCAUCCCUUCUCAAACGCAUUGAUCAAUUAAUGCAAUUUGACAGCCUUAUGCCUAGCUAUAAUGGGAUAUUGACGAUAAGUUGCAUCCGCACCCUAGCACAGAUGGCAUUAAAGUUGUCAAACUCUGUGCCUCUUGAUAAGGUUCGUGAACUUAUAGAACCAUAUAGAAAUGUUGAAAAUACAUCAUGGAAGGUUCGAAUUGAGGCAAGCAGGGCACUUUUGGAUCUCGAGUUUCAUAGUAAAGGCAUAGACGCAGUUUUAUCCUUGUUCAUGAAAUUUUUGGAGGAAGAAUGUUCUUUAAGAGGAGAGGUGAAGUUGGCUGUGCAUGUUAUGCAUAUAUGUCAAGCAAAUCUUGAAUCUGAAUCAGGAAUGCAAAUUGCAUGCCCAACUCUUGUUUCUCUUCUUCACCUGCUGACAAGCAGAAAAGCAUUCAACAAUGUUUUCCUUCGCCACCACUUAUUCUGCAUUUUGCAAAUUCUUGCUGGGAGGUCUCCAACACUUUAUGGCAUUUCAAGAACUCAAGUACAUGCUUCGGUAGCUGCUGAAACAUGUGAACAAGUGACGAGACCUGCAUCUUUAAAGUUAAAGAUACCAAAGCCUCAGGAACCUCUUGCAGAGACAGUUAAACUGUCCGAAGCUCUGCCGACUGCAGAAACUGUUAGAGAGGGUGAUACUGUUUCUAACUGCAGCGAGAGAAGGGUGAACGUCAUAAAGAUUAGGGUUAAGCAACGUUCGUCAUCUAGUAAAGCAGAUGAUGCUGAUCACCAGAUGGAAUAUUCUCGAGGUGGUCCAAAUGAUGCUGAAUUGGGCCCUUGCAGUUCUGUUUCAGUGGAUGCACCUGCCAGAGGAGCAACUGAGCCUUUCAACAUUAGCAGCCAAAACAAUGAGGAGGUGAGCUCUUCUCAUGAUCGUGAGUCUAGGAUGACUGCAAGCAUUGGCAGUGCAAAGUUAGCAAGCGAAGAGAAGCUUGGUAAAGAAUUGCAAUGUACUGCUGAUUCGAGACUAGAUGCUCUUUCGAAGGAUCAAUUAUCUCUCAAGAACAUAAAUGUUGAAGAGAUGGUCAUCAGUAAAACUGCCUGUCUUCAGGACCUCUCUGUGGUGAGACAUGAUGGAGAGGGAGCUAUGCCUCCUGAAAAUGCUGAGGAGCUCAAAGAAAAAGGAAAGAAAGAUAAGAAGGACAGGGAAAGAAAACGAAGACGAGAUGAUAAAGUAGACAAGAAAGAUGAUCCUGAGUAUAUAGAGAAAAAGCGCCUGAAGAAAGAGAGGAAACGAAAGGAGAAAGAAUUGGCUAAAAUGCAGAAGGGUGGAGAUAGGAGUUCUUCCGAUAUGAAGAUCUCAUCCAGACCUAGUGAGUCAAGGGGCUCUCUUGUUGAUUCGAAGGUGGAGCCAGGUGUUGAAAUUCAUGCCCUAAAAAACAAUGAAAGUAUUAGUGAGACGGCCCAAGGAAGCAUCACCUCCUCCAAAUUUAGAAUCAAAAUCAAGAGUAGAAAUACUGAUAACAGCUAGUCAUCAAAAGUUGCAACAGGUUAAAAGUAGCACCUCAUAUUGAGAAAGCAGAAAAGCAAGGUCGAGUUCAUCACUAUGCAGCUUAGCACCAAGAACAAAAUCUAGCGAGCACUUUACUUACAUAUCUUGAAGAAACCACAGCGCAAGGCAUAUCAACCAACUGCAUAGAGCCCGUCAAGCGGCGGAAAGAUGUUUCGACUUUGCUUUGGCCUGCUACCUUGGGUUUAGGUCUUCCGGGGGCAUCUUCAGCACCAUUAUUCUUUUAGGUCUGCCAGAGAUGUGGCACAUGGGUUUUUCUUUUCUUUUUUUUUCCCUGCUAAAGCUGAGGUUGAAACAUAAUUUUGUUAGUUAUGCUAGCUGUAAUGUGUUGCGCAAUUUUCUUGUAUGAUUCAAGUCCGAGUCUGUGCUUGAGAUCGUAAAUUGAGCCUAAGCUGCGAUUGAUGAGGCUUUCAUGAUGAACAUGUUGUAUGAAACAAAGGCGUCGAUGUAUAUACGUGUCGGACACGGAAACACGCUAUUCUUUUUUAUGCAGGG